AUGUCGCGCCUCCUCCUGCGCGCUAUAACGUCGCCCCAGACAGCAAUAGCGCUCGCUGCAGCCAGUAGCUGCACCGCAUUCAGCGCUCGUCCCGUCUCCUGCGAUGGUGCCGACUCGUUUGCACAGCCGACGUUCUCCGAGCGCACGAUCGGCAACUACGAGAACCGACUGCGGAGAUUCAGCUCCCCCGAGCGCGUGUUUGCGUAUUUCUCGAGCGUCAAGAUCAACGACGAGGAUUUCAUGACGCGAGACGACUUGGCACGAGCUGUGACGCCGUUUACGUACCGCCAUGGCGCUCCGUUAUCGUCGAAGAACCCGCAGUUCAAUGCUAGAGCCAGUGCUGCUAAGACGUCGAAAGCCGUGGCGGACGAGUAUCUGCGACGUGUGCAGAAGAUCCUGCUUGAGAGUGAAAAUGUGUCCCCAGUGGAGAUGAAAAAGCUGCUGGCGUUUCGAGACGAGCAGCGUGUGGACUUUGAAACGCACGUCAAGACGUUGAGGGCGCUGGAGAUCACGAACGCCGAGUUUGACCAGUUCCUUGAGCUCUACGGGUGUUUACCGUCUCGUGCCAAGACUUUCUUUGAUCUGGUAGAUGCGGACGGUGAUGGGCUCAUUUCGUAUGCCGAGUACAGUUUCUUUUGCACGCUGCUUGCAAUCCCGGAGCAGCACUUUGAAUUGGCGUUCAAGAUGCUUGACACGGACAACAAUGGUCAGCUGGACCAUCGUGAAUUUCAGCAGAUCAUGGACCUGAUGCGGCUGCGAACGCCUGCAGGUCGUCAAGAUCGGUCACUGCAUGAUGACAACGAACCCAUUUUUAAGCACCUGUUUGGUGAAUUCGCCACAAAGUCGCUGUCGUACGACGAGUUCUGUGCAUUUCGUCGCGGCUUGAAGCAAGAGAUCAUGCGCAUUCAGAUAUCCUUUCAUCAUUUAUACUUGCCGCUGAAAGCUUGUUUGAUGUUGAGUUGUUCAGUCCACUAG